ACUUUCUUUACCAGAGCAGGCCGAGGAAGCCCAGGCGCCGCCGGCGACCCUGGCUGCCUCUUCCCCCCGCGGAUGCGCUGCCUCCUCCCGCUCCACAGACGGGGCUGCCCGCCCGAUGCCGGGGCUGCCCGGGCGCCUGGUGGCAGGGAGUUGCAGCGGCUGGAUCUGCUGCGGGGAUUGGCCGGAUCCCGGCCGCCCUCUGCCUCCAUGUGACGGGGGACGUAGGAGGAAGGCGCAAAGAGAGAGAGAGAGAGAGGGGGAGAUGGAGGGAAGGGAGCAGGACGGAGGAGGGAGGAGAGGAGCCAAGCGAGCCGACGACGAGAGCCAUGGAGGUCCAGAGGAGCCGAGGCCGGCCAAGGGGCGCUUCAGGCCCGGGCUGGGCUUGCAGUUGGAUAUGGAGAGCCAAAGAACAUCCGUUCUCCACCGGGUGGUCAAUUUCGCCCCCAGUCCUCUCCCUGCUAGGCAGUAUGACACAAAGACCACUGAGCCAAUCAGCUUCUACCUCUCUGGCUUGGAAGAGCUGCUCGCCUGGAAGCCCACCAGUGACGAUGCUUUCAACGUGUCCACAGAGCCGCUGGCCAAACAUGAGCCUCCUUUCAACAGCCGUAGGCCCCGCACGCUGGUGUGCCAUGAUAUGAAGGGAGGUUACCUGGAAGACAGGUUCAUCCAAGGCGCAUCGGUGGAUGACCCCUUUGUGUUCUACCACUGGUGCUACAUUGACAUAUUUGUUUACUUCAGUCAUCGCAACGUUACCAUCCCACCUGUGGUCUGGACUAAUGCUGCUCACCGCAAUGGAGUCCUCAUGCUAGGGACCUUCAUCACAGAGUGGGGAGACGGUGCAAAGAUGUGUGAGUCCUUCUUGGCAAGCGAGGAAGCGUACCGUGCCGUGGCUGAUCAGCUGGCUGCGAUUGCGCAGUUCUAUCGUUUUGAUGGUUGGCUGGUCAACAUUGAGAACUCUCUGAGUGUGUCGGCAGCGCGUAACUUGGUCCACUUCUUGCGCUAUCUGACGGCCCAGGUGCACAGAGCUGUGCCGGGAGGGCAGGUGGUGUGGUAUGACAGUGUCCUGCAGAACGGGGAGCUCAAGUGGCAGAACGAGCUGAAUGAGAAGAACCGGGUUUACUUUGACGCCUGUGACGGUUUCUUCACCAACUACAACUGGACGGAGGAGCACCUGCUGCGUACGCGAGAGAUGGCCGACGACCGCCGGGCGGACAUCUACGUGGGCGUGGACGUGUUCGGCCGUGGGGUUGUGGUGAGCAGCGGCUUUGACACAAACAAGUCCCUGCGCAUGAUUCGGGAGCAGGGCCUCUCGGUGGCCAUUUUUGCACCUGGCUGGGUAUAUGAGCACUUAGGUCCGACCGACUUUCUGAACAACGAGGACAAAUUCUGGGCCCUGCUCUCCAAUCUGCUGCCCACUCACAGCAUUGGCUCCCUCCCCUUCAGCUCCUCUUUCUCCCUGGGGAUGGGGAAGAGGCACUUCCACAAUGGGCAGGAGAGUAGGAUGGAGCCCUGGUACCACCUGAGUGCUCAGGAGGUCCAGCCACUGAACGCUGAGGUUUUUCAGGAGCGUAGGAUGGGGCCCUGGUACCACCUGAGCGCUCAGGAGGUCCAGCCAGUGUACGCUGAGUUCUGGAUGCCCAAUGGGGGCCGACUGAGAACGCGCUGCUGCCUGCAGGAUGCCUGGUGUGGGGGCAGCUCUCUGCUGCUGGAAGGGACCAUCCCGUCCAAUGAAGAUCACGUCACAGCCAGGCUGUUUUCCUUCCAGGUGCCAGCACCCCCCCGGCUGUUCCUGGUCAUAAUUUAUAAACACGAGGCCUCUUCCCAAGGCGUGAGCUUUGCACCGGUGUUCACCACGCGGCAGUCAAGUUCCUGUUUCUCCAGCGGCGAGUCGGGAGAACCAAGGAAGCACAAACCCUCCCUGCUCCCCACACCUCCCCAUUACCUUGCUCAGCUGCUCAGGGGGACAGGACUGCGUGGGGAACAUGACUGGCAAAGUCGAUGCUAUGAGCUGGAGCUCCAGAACUGCUUCCUGGACCAACUUUCAGUGACCGUGUCGCGUCGCCAGUCUGGCCGGAAUGAGGUGCCCUUUGCAUGCCGCCUGGGCAGGAUCUGGGUGCUGGAUGCCACUGCUUUGCGCCCGCUGCCAUCCGCUGAUGCUGCCAUCCCAGUGUCGCCUUUAGAAGUUGCCCAUGUCCGUUGGCAACGGCUUUCAGCUGGAGAGCUCUCCCUCAGCCUCACUUUGCGCUGGACCUAUCCUCCCAGCAAGGCCACCUGCUUCCGCGUUCACUACCGCAGGGGCUCGUGUGGCAGUGGUCCCGAACCUCGCCUGCUCCCAAUCGGGGUGGCGUAUGCCCCCCAGUACCGAGUGACUGAGCUGACCGUGCCUGGCGCCCUUUCUGAGUCCUCCUGCCGCUUGGAGUUCCUUGUGGAGCCGGUGCCCGACGAUGGGUUCCAGGUAGACGCUGCAAUGUGGGGGAAGCUGGUCUUUGUGUACUCUGAUCCAAAGCUACCCAGUCCUGGCCCAGCGCCUGAAGGAACCUCAUCCAGUUGAUUUACAUUUGGAUCCUAGUGGACAAUGCCCUUCUCCGCUUCCCAGAUCUGUGCUAUUAGGCCCUUUUUAAAGAGGGAAGAAGGCUUUUAUUGAAGGCACUGGAACUCGCGUGCUCAGGCAUCAGAAGCCCAACCAUGGACAAUUCAGUAUCCAAAGAUAAUUUUUCAUUGGGGAAACCACUUUAGUGGAAUAGUUAUCAUGCACUAGAAACAACAAUAAAAAUUUUCAGGGAAGUACACCCCAACAAAACAAUUCCACACUUGUGAUAUGGGCUAUCAUGACAGAACAGGCUUAUCAAGUCACGUUAAACUCUUAUAACAUCCUUUUUAAAAAACCUGCACCAAUAGUUACCUAUCAUGUGGGCUGAAACAACUCGAAUUGCAGCUUUUUUGAUGCUGAAGUAAUGUGUGUAUUUUAUCAUUUACAUAAACUGAUAAAGCCAGGGCAGAGGUGGGGUGGGUGGCCUAGCUGGCAUGAGCCUACGAUUUUGAGGGGCCUACUUCCAAGUUCCCCUGUUAGAGGCAAAGGGGAGACCCAUUGGUAAAGGUUGUUGAAAUGGGGCCUUCAUUUCCCAUCUGGCCUGGGUCUGUUACCAGCUUUGCACGGCCCUGGAUAAAGCUGUCAGUUCUCCUCACCAACACAUUUUCAGCAAAACCUAACUGGGAGACUGUAGCUUUUGAAUGCAACCAAAUCUCUAAAUUUCUUUUGCCCUGAGAAAAUUCAUGAUAAUUAUCCCACCCCUUCAAUCAAUUCUACAUUUCUUAUUUAUAAGGAAACUUUAAUUAUGACAAUAUAUCAGGCACUUACCUAAGAAAACUGAAGCCACAGGAAGCUAUUUUCAAAAAGAGUAGCCCUUAAGGGUGGAAAAAGUACACAUGGGGGAAUUCUGAAGUGUUCUAGUACCUGGUGAAUUUCUGCCUGCUCCUUCAGAUUGAUUUUUUUAAAUAAAUUUGUUCUGCUUGAAUAGAGUUUAUAUGACUAAGGAAGACAUGCAAGUGAAAACGGGUCUGGCAGAUGAACUGUUUUUCUACAAAAUAUGUUGUGACUGGUGAUUUACAUUGACACUUUUUACCUCCUGUGUCUUAUGAAAUGAUAAAAUGUGUGCUUCAUUA